GUAGAUCCUGUGAAGUCGUUGGUGCUUAGUGGUUACCUAGGACAACUUCUUCACUAAACUCCUCUCCCUCUCUCUCUUCAUUCAAUUCGAAAAUCGUCUGAGACUCACACAAUCAUCAGCCCUUCCGAUUCAGCGGAUUCUUUCAAACGUCUGUCCCUAUGGACCUUACUGAUGCAAGGAACGAACCAGGCACGCUUCCAAGCAGCACUCCAAACUGGACAAUUAAUGUUUCAGAAGUAAGAACUGUUAGAGUCAGUAAUAUCUCACUAUCUGCCACCGAGAAGGAUAUUAAAGCAUUCUUUUCUUUUUCUGGAGAAAUCCAAUAUGUUGAAAUGCAAAGGGAAACAGAAACAUCUCAACUUGCAUAUGUUACCUUCAAGGAUUCACAGGGCGCAGAUGCAGCUAUACUUCAGGCAGGAACCACAAUAGGUGAUCUUUCAGUCUCUAUAACCCGUGUUGAAAAUUACCAGCUGCCUCCUGAUGCUUCUUCUUCAACUUUUAAGGAAGCAAAGCCAACUGCCACCAGUUCAGCCGUUAAAAAGACCGAGGAUGCUGUAAGCACCGUGCUUGCCAAGGGCUUUGUCUUAGGGAAGGAUGCCCUCAAUAAAGCAAAAUCAUUCGAUGAGCGACACCACUUGAUGUCAAACGCCUCUGCGACAGUUGCUUCCAUUGACCAGAAGAUGGGUCUUACAGGGAAGAUAAGCAUCGGGACAGCGGUGGUAAAUGAAAAGAUGAGAGAGAUGAACGAGCGGUUCCAAGUGUCUGAAAAGACGAAAUCAGCCUUUGCAGCAGCAGAGCAGAAGGCCAGUACUGCCGGAUCUGCCAUCAUGAGCAACCGUUAUGUAUUGACCGGAGCUUCAUGGCUUUCAAAUGCAUUCAGUGUGGUUGCAAAGGCAGCGGAGGAUGUCAGCACUAUGACCAAAGAGAAGGUUGGCAAGGCAGAGGAGGAAAGAAAAGAGAACCUUUACAAACAGAGACCAGCUACUGUUAACGACUUUGCUCAGAUUCAUCUUGACCAGUCAUCGGUUGGAGAGCUUCCCGUGGUUGCUGCUCAUUCUGCUGAUAAUAAUGUCAGUGAACAUGCAAUCAUAUGAUGCUGCUGCUCCUUCCUUUUCAUCCAUCUUGCUGUAAAAUUUACUGGGAGCGAGAGUGUCUGCUUCAGGUAUUUUUAUGUGUUCGCUGCAACACCAGGAUUAGCCGUGUCUUUCUCUAGCUAUUUGGGAGCGGAAUCUUAUUGGAGGUCAUAGGUUUAAGUUGUUGAGUUGUAAUCUUGUUUUUUUUUUUUUUCCCUGUAAUGCCGAGAUCGAGAAGUCCCCACUGGUAUCCUACCUUGGCCCAAGCAUCCCACUCUCUCUGUAAACAAGGGACUGGUCAUAUCGGGCAAACAUAUCAGACAAGUGCGUCGUGGGCUGAAACCUAAACUCUAGCCCUACAGAUAUAUGUAGAUUAUCGAUAGUUGAACGGAGGUGGAUUCGAACCCAUAAC